GAUAAAACAUAUGAUUCACACAAACAAAUGGAUCAGAAAAUACUUUAUUAUUGACGGACAGACAGACAGACAUAAUAGGAUGGCAUCCAAGAGAGGACCUAAAGUCAAAAUGUUGGCAAUGCCGACAACUAACUUCAUUGCAUUGGGUACCACAUCAUCGACAGCGCCAUCAACACAGUUAGGAGCGUCGUCUAUGAAGACGGCGCCCAAACGAGAACCAACUGAAUCAACCGGUGCCGGCUCUUCGCUUCCCAAGAAGUCCAAACUGCAAAUGUCACACCAUAUGACCCGAUCAUCCGGUAGUGUUGGUGUACGUCGAGAAUCAGGCGAUCAAUGGGAAGAAGUGGCAAAAGAAGUAGAUCCCAAUCAACUACUUGAUAAAGUUAUUGAUGCCGAAGAUGUAAGCGAUGAAAGAGUUGAAGCACUUCUUUGUGGUGCAGUUCGUCAGUUGCGAGUAAUGAGACUAAAGCCCGAUUCGGCGUUAUAUCUGACACUCUGCUAUUUGGCCAAAACGCGUCCACUUUUAUUUUGUACCGAAGUUGUUGUCGAAGCGUUUUGUUCUCUUUUAAAGAGAGAUUCAGUCGUUGGAUUUAAGCAAAAAGUGGCCAAUAAUUCGGUGGCUGUAUUGGCCACUAAUAUAUUGUUGGCCGUAUAUCACGACGAAAACUGUUGGCCCGAAACAUUUCUUAAAGUCUUUGUCGACGAUUCGUUAGGCGAUCGGUUUUGGGUCGAUAACGAAGAAUGUAAAGGUUUUGUAGACAAUAUAUUGGCCUCAUUUAGCACACGAUUACCACCAAAAUCAUUACUUCAACAAGAAGUACUAACGACCACUAAAGCAACUGAACCAUCAAAUGCUACAUCGAGUCCAAUCCAUGCCAUACUUGGAGACGAGACAUCAAUUGACGAAACAGUAGGUUUCGAAACAAGUGGUGAAACAAAAGAUAAUUUAGACAACAUUUCGGUAAUGUCUCGCUUUGCACACAACGAGACAUUUGUUGUUCAAUAUGUGACUGAUAUUAUCAACGAAGGACUAAAUCGUCGACCGACUCCUGGAAGUGAAGUUCCACGAAAUUUGCUGAAACUUCUUAUAUCUACUGCAGGUAUACCAGCUGUACGACUGAUUAUUGCACAAAAAAUUGAAAGUUGGUUAAUCAGUACAAAGACAAUUAGAAUUUCUAUGGAUCUGAUGCUCACUCUAUGUCUUAAUUGCAAUGAAAAUGAUACAGAAGUGGUGACACAAUUGGUUAAAAUGCGAUUAAAGACUAAACCAUUGAUCACUCAUUUUAUUAAUUGUAUAAAAGAAAUGAUUAAUCAAAAAGAGGAGACAUUUAAACUUGUUUUGCGAACAAUUUUCUAUAAUGAGAUAUCUCCGUCAAGAAGUUUAAAUAAUAUUCAAGUAAUAUCAGUAAUAUUUCAAACAUCACCGAUAAAAGCGACUAAAGUAUUGGCUGAAGUCUAUCAGGAGUUGAUUUACUCAAAAGAUGAUUAUUUGAAAACAAUGAGAGGAUUAUUACGUGAAAUAGUGAGAGCUUUACGUCACGAACACUUGAAUUUGUUAACAUUUGCACAAAAUCUGAUCGAAGAUUGUCCAGCAUUUGCUACAUUAGAUCCAUCCGAUUCUGUUAUCAAAGAGAGAGCUGUCGUCACAAUUACUGAUUUGUUUACAAUGAUUAUGUUUCUCAGUCUAAGUCCUGCUGUUAAAGAAGCCUUUUCUACAUCAAAACCCGAUCGUAAAGAAAUUAUUCGCAAUUAUCAAAUGCAAAUUGCAAACAUUCAACGUAUUGCUAUUUAUUGGUUACAGAAAACAGUGAUCAAAUUAUUUAGACCCGAUCGCAAUGAAUACCUUCAUUGCUUAAAUAAAGUGUUAUUUAUGGAGAGUGCAGAACACUAUUAUAAUAGAGACAACUGGCCGCCAGAAAAUGAUCGAAAUCUUAUGUUCCGAAUGACAUCUGAGGUACCACUUCUUGAGGAGACAUUAAUUAGAGUUUUAACGAUGGGAGCAGCAAAAGACAAUCCAUUGUCAUCAUCUGAAGCCAUAGAACUAUCGGAUGCAUUGAUCAAAAGAGCGGCCACUAUUACCGAUUACGAUUUGAUUACAACACCUGUACUUCAAAUUUGUGAUAAACAAAUAUUUACACUAUUAAUGACAAAUGCCAUUUAUAGACAUCCAGAAAACAUAACACUUCCACAGAAUUAUGAUCCGCCAAAGAUGGCAAUUAGCGAUCUUUAUUGGAAAGCAUGGAUUCAAUUGUUAAUACUUACGGCACACAAUCCGUCUGAGUUCGGAACACUUGCGUGGGAUAGUUAUCCUACUCUUGGAGUACUCAUUGAAAUGUCAAUAACAAAUCAUUUUGAAUUUCCUCCGCCGACCAAAAUCGGCGACGACUUGAUUAACCGCGAGUUGCAAAUGAGUGCCAUUGAAAAACAACAAAUUCUUCAGUUCGAACAAUAUUUAGCCGCCGCCUCAACCAAAGUACAAAUUAAUGAAAGCAAUAGUUUGUUACUUUCGAAACUAAUAUCAAUGGAUCCAUUGGGAUCAGCUCGCAAACCGCCAUCCAGUGUAUUGGAACAGUUCAAACAAUUCAAUACACUUUUACGUUUGGGUCAUCUAUUAUGUCAGUCUAGAAAUCCUGAUUUUUUACUCGAGAUUAUUCAAAGACAACAAAAACAAUCGGGUGUUCACUCAACAUCAGCACCGAUGCCAUGGCUGGUAGAAUUGGUUGAGUCUAAUGAUAAUAACUUCGGAAUGCUACCUGUCCAAUGUUUAUGUGAAUUUCUUCUGGGACAAAUUAGUGAAGAAGAAUCUAUGCCACCAAUACUCACAACCGACUCAAGCAUUAAACACGAAAAAAGUCGUCGAAAAGAGAAAAGAAGAAAACAAUUGAAACUUAUUUCUCAUUUGCAGACAAUAAUUGCCAGUCAGUCGACCAGUUCUAAGGAAUUGAUUGAGUAUUUUAUGAAACGGCUUACUUUCCAACAGUCGACUUCAAGAACUUUGGCCUCGAAAGCACUAUCGCUUGUUUUAACUACUAAUAUAGAGUCUGAAGAUAAACCUAUUGAUGAUAAACCACUGAUGUUUACAGAUGUUAAUGUAUGGCUUAAUCAAAAAUUACCAUCGAAUCCAAACUUUGCAUUUAUUAAGACAUCUGCUUGUGAUGCUCUCAGACCCGCUAUUUUAGUUGAAACUGUUCCGAGUUAUGUCUGUUAUUACAUACAAUUUCUUUCACUUUACGGUGAUAUCGGAAGCAUAGAGUUGGCCAUUGAUUGUUCAAAUAUUCUCAUUGAUAGACAACUGAUUACAAACUGUAUAAUACAGGACAAACAAUUGAGAAAUAUAUUUUUAGAUUCGUUGACAAAAAUAUUUUUAGCUCAUUUGGUUGUCAAGAGACGACCAGCUCGUGAGGCAUAUUCAUGGACUGACGCUCAGGAUCACAUACUUGUCCAGUGGCCUAAUGAAGAAGCGGCUAUUUUACAUAUUAGUGUUGUGCACGCAAUGAUUAUUUUGUUAACAUUCGGUCCAUCCGAUAGUGACCAAAGUCCAUACAAACAGCUGUUCAAUACAUGGUUUUGUGAGCCUAUGCCACAAGCAUUUCUUGUCGAUACAUCCGAAGAGGCCCUUCUAAUACCCGAUUGGUUACGAAUUAAACUAUUAAAGUCUUCGUCACCACAACUUAGAACUAUUGCACUCAAAGAUAUUGAGUCCUCACAACUCAUACUAUUUAUUCAAUCGUCCGGAUUAUCCAUUUCAUCGAUGGAGUGCUUAUUAGGAGCAUUAGAUUCGGCCGUAGAUAUUGAUUCAAAUGGUGUCAAAGAGGCUGUUAUGGAUGAGUCGCUUAUAUUACGUGUAGUUGAAGUUCAAUGGUUAAGAGGAGUUAAGACGGGACACAAAUUUGCUGACCUAUUGGGUUAUAACAAUAAUGAAAAAGAUAUCAUAACUGAUAAUAAAAUUGAUAAAAAAGAUGCUAAAGUUGUCGAAACAAAAAUUGAUCCAAAGUUUUCUGGUUUUAAAAGUGAUUUUAAACAUUUUCUGACUGAAGAUAAACAAAAUAUCGGUAAAUACAUAAUGAAAUUGUCGCGUGAAUUGACACAAGAAUUGUUUGAUAAGAAAAUAACAACAAAGAAGUUUACAAAAUUGUUUUUCACUGAAUUUAAGUCUCAAAUCAAUGCAUGUAUUGAUCUAAUAAAUAGAGGAGACUUUAAUUCAUUGUUUAAUACUAUUAUCACAUUUGCAAUAAACGAUAGCAAACAUUUGGGACUAAAAACAGAGAUAAUGUCGACACUGAAGAUACUGAAAGAAUGCACAGAAAUUAAGAAUAUAGCUUUUCUUAAUGUAUUUAAUAGAUUUACGACAACAUCGAAGACAAUACAAGAGACAAAAACAUCGAAAACUUCAAAAAAAGAGAAGAAAAAUCACACAAAAAGUAUCGAAGAAUUAGCAAAAAUUUUACUCAAAGAUAAUAACAGUUUAGAUGUUAGCAAAGGUUUACUAUUGGAAAAGUUUCACAAACUUGAACCCGAACUCGUGUGUUGUGAUUCACCAAAUGGUCACUUAGAGACACAACUAUUGUUUUCACAGAAUUGUCUUUAUUUAAUGUCAUUGUUGAUACAUAAGACACGUUUUGAGACAUUAAACUCUUGUAUUAAAAGUAUCUUAAGUGAUGACCAAUCACUAUGUGAUUUAAAUGCUACAGCAGUUCUAGAUUUUCUGACGGCAUGUCUUGGAUCUCCUAGACUUUGGAUCGGCAGAGAUCUAAGACAACCGAAACAUAUGGAAUAUGAAGACGUACUCAAAUUGAAUGACAAUCAGAUUAAAAAACUGAUUAAAUAUAUCAUCGAAGAGUCAAAUGUUGCCAAAAGAGUGUUAUUAGUUGUGAAAAGUUGUUGUUUUAAUAGCAAUCAAAUACAAUUAGUUGUCAAUACAUUGAAACAAAUUGAAGAUAAAGCAAGUGAUGAACGAUUGAUUGCCAGUGAACUACUUUUUCGUUUGUAUUUACAAAUCCCAAGCAUUGAACAACCGAUCAAAUUAUUUGAUAACUAUUUGAAAAUCAAUGGACUCGAGUCCAGUGCUAUCGAUUCAAUGACACACAAUCUAUUGACUGCUUUUACAAGUAUUGACACGAAUCCCAAUCGACAACAAAGUGGAUAUCUUAACGAUUGUGAGCUAUCAAUGCUUAAGUUGGCCUCAAAGCAUCCGAUUCUCUUUCUCAGACAAUUACCGAUGAUUCCGGCGCUCUUAAGGGGCAAGAGUUCCGUCACAUAUGAUGUGUUUAGAAGCAGAAACUAUUUGUUGACAUUUAAGAAGAUUUUAAAUAUUCUUCGACUUCUUAAGCCUCAUCUCUGGAAUAAACACGUUAAGGGUUUAAAUGAAUUACUUUCGCUAUACAUUCAACUAUUUGUCGAUUUUCACCGAAAUCCUGGCAAAGAAUUAUUGCCAUUAAUAUCACAAUUUUUGUAUCUAAUUGACGAUUGGAUUAAAUUUGAUUCCGAAUCAGCCAAAAGUUGGAUUAAACUCAACAGAAAGUCUAUUGUUGAUUUAUCGAUAGCAUUUCCGGAACAAAUGCUGUUUAAAUCGCUUUUAUCGGGUCUACCGUUUCAAUCGCAAUCUUUAAUUGAGAAACAGAUUUCAGAAAAUAUUUUGAUAAGACUUCGAGAGUCUAAAGGAAAUGUUGAGCGCAUGAAUCAAGUGCUCAACGAUUUGGACAAAUUAUCCGACUCUAAGCCCGAUGUCUUGGAAUACUUUGUGGAUGAUUUACGUCAACUAUAUUUUGAUGCAUUUACUCGUGAAAUGGCUUUUAAGUUGACUCUAAAGUUAUUAAAUUUUGACCCGAAUUUGGCCAAAACAUUUGUGGCCACAUAUUGUCAAUGUUUGCAACGUAACGACUCGUAUCUAACAAACUUAGCGCUCGACUAUUUGCCUGAAUUUGUUAUUCUGGCUCAAGAGCACAGAUCAAUGAUAUUGAAAAAGGCAUUUGAGAUCGGGAUUAUGGGAAACAAUAAUGUUAUCAAUAAUAUAUGCGAUUCAUUUGCAUUAAUUAACGCUCAAAUUGGUGUCUAA